CAUUUCUUCAGGGUGGUCACAUGAAAAGUUAUAAUAAAAUAUUUACAAAAUGUGAGGGGUGUACUCCUGUGAUAUACUGUAUAAGACUCCGGGAGCGAGCCAUUUUAAUAGGGUCUGCACUCUUUCGGAGCGGAAAACUAGCCCCAGUUUAAACCUCAUUAGGAGGUAAACAAAGGAUUGCACCUUAAACUAGGAGCACAAAAUCUUUGGUUGAUUUUAAUGUAUAAUUAAAUCUUUAGUUCCUUGGUUUUCCAAGCAGUGAUUUGUGGAUAGGCAUUCUGUAGCUUGUAAAUUCAAUGACAGAAUCAUUCUUUUAAAGCUUGUAUUAGUGGACAUUAUAAUGCCUGAUACUUACUUUCUUUUUCCAGCUCUCAGUACUGUAUAAAUUGAUUUCACCGUUGAAGGUUUGUACUUGCAAACAUGCAGUAGAAUAUAGAUUUGAAUAAGUUUUUCUUGUGUUUAGAUCAAUAGUCUUACUUCAGGGGCUUCUGUUUAAGGUUGUAUUCCCUUAACCCUUAUAUACAGGAAACAUUUCUCAAAUACAUGCAAUGUUCCUAGAUUGGGUUCUUGUUAUUUGCACAGACACUCUUAAGCAACAGUUUUUGUAAUAGUGGUGAAGUCCUCCUGCAAUACUUCUGAGAUAUACCCUGCCAACUAGGUUAGAAGUUGUCAUUUAGUUGCCAAGAUUAACAGUACAGAAUUAUUGUAUUUUAUGCUAGAAUAAAUAAAUGUUGUUAAUAGCCCAGAAAAAAUUGUUAAUUGGGUACGGUACAAAUUAUGUAAAUAAAUAAAAAUAAAAUAAAAUUGGCCGUGUUGGUACAAAGCCCUCUCAGUUGUAAUUGAUUACUUGAGUCCUGAGUAGUAAACAGAAGUAUAAUGCUUAUGCUGAAUGUAAAGUUUGCCUUCUGCAUACUGAAUUUAUUUUAUGUUCAUAAUCAGAGAUGGUGAUGGCCAACCAAAGCUACCAAGGAGGCUGCUUCUCAUGGUCUUCUCCCUGAUCUUGUGCUUUUCUUCUGAAAUGUAGCAUGAGGUGAUGGGAAAUCCCCAUUUACUUCUCCAGCUCCGUGCAGCAUUUCCCCUGCCAAACCAGUUCAGGGGUUGAAGGGAUGGUGGGUGGGCCUAGUCAAAGACUUCCUUUGGUUCUGAGCUUGCUGGGCACCCCGAGUGCCCAUUCGGAGCAAAAGCAACCCACAUAUCUCUGCUUCUUAUCUUUAGAAGAUGGAGAUAGCAAGUUCCUUGACUCCUUUUCCUUCUACACCUGAUAAGUGGUUUGAAAUACGAGCGCUGUCAGGCACAGAUGCAAACCCUUGUGUUUCUGUUUCCCAUCUCCAGCUUGGCGCUCAAGGAGGCGGCGCCAGGCGGUUCUGCACCUGCAGGCACCCAGCAAUUGUGGAGCCAAAACAAGUCUUUGGCCUUUGGGGAACGGUGGCGCCGGGGUUCCUUCCCUCUGCCUUGCAGCUUCAGGUGUGGGAGAAAGUGUUGGGCUUCUCUCAUGUGCCAGAGUCAAAGUUGUUGAACCAUGUUCAACAUCCCUGGAGCCUGUUGAACGCUGUGUUGAUGGACCUUUCCUAGAACCACCUUUGAUCCUUGUAACUUGUAGUUUCAAGCCUCGUAAAUUGAGGGAAAAAAUGACACAACUUGAUUUGCAUCACUGUGGUGCCAAUAAAAAUACUUUGGUCUGGGAAUAUGGUAUUACUUGGUAGUGUUUUUCCUCUGUUACCCCUUCCUCUGACAGGUCAAUUCACAGUUUAUUGUACUAGCCAAAGGUGAUAACAAAUACAUCAAAUGUAUGUGUAUAUACAUGGAAAAUAAUUUCAAACAAUAUAAAAUACAAAUCAAUUAAAAUAUACUAUGAACAAAAAUUCAUCUUUAAGUCUGAAUCUCCCAUGCAGUUGAUAGCAAUUUUGUCUAAUUCUUUCUUCCUGAGCUUUUUUUUUUUUUUUUGCUGCCAAAGCAACUUUAUAUGUCACAUAAUUAUUAAUAUCACUUAAAAGAAAAAGAACUGUUUCUGUCAAGCUAUUCCUGUACCUGUAUGAUAAAAAGGGUUUCAAGAAUCUCUCUCUGGGGUCGGUAUACAGAGAACAGAUUAGCAUGUAAUGUACUGUGUCUUCAACUUGAUGUACAUAAUUUGCCUUCAAAAGGCACCAUCCAAAACUGUAAUCGGGAUAACUUGAAAUUGCAACUCAGUAAGGCAUUAAAGAGGCUGGUCUCAGUCUGGACAGGUGGCAAGCUCAGUAAUGCUCUGUUUCACAUUGGGAAACCACUGAGAGAAUUUAGAGUUUUUAGUUAAUCGCAGGACCUUUCUAGAGUCUAUCCACAAUCAUCAAUCCCUUAGUUGUCUCAUCCAGAGUAAAGAUAGCAUUCAAAUCAGAAAUAUAGUAGCUACAUACCAAAUUAUGGAGCAUUGGCUUCCACAUACGGUUUUCAUUAAUUUUCGUAUGGCACAAAGCCGGAAAGCAUCUGUUAGGGAGAAGAGCAACUCGUUUAAGACGCCGCAGUGGAGCACAAUGUAUCCCUUUCCUGAUCCAUGGCCAUCCCAAUUCUGUGCACAAGAACAUCUUCAGGGGUUGCCAGAGGAAAACAGUAAAGCUUACGAAAUAAGUUGUUUGCACCACCGAGACACGGUGCGCUGUCAGUCCCCCCAAGGCAUUUGUUUGAUCGCUUUACUGUAGUUGGUGGCCCAUCGGAACAUCUCCUGGUAGGGAACUUCGUAGUUCACAUACUGUGGGAAGAAGCAUUUCCUUGUAUCUGUCCGGAGCCUCCCAUUCUUCAGCCUCAUGUGAUGAGCAGCCGUCCUCUAAUAUUGUGAGCGUUGCCUACUCUCACCACGCCAUGUAUGGCUCUCUGUCAUCUCCUCUUGCCUCCUCUCUCCCCUCUCAAGGUAAAUGGUUCCAGGUGUGGCAGCCGUCUUCAAGGGAUUGUUGAACGCAGGCCUGCCACUUUCAGAGUAGCUACACACUGGGUCAACGUGUUCCUUUAGCUUACAUCCAGACCUUUCCUGGUCAGUCACCACUAGCUUGGAUCCCAUCAGUGUAUGUAUGAAGUUGGGGGGUUUGUUCCGAUGUACAAGGUCUGAACACAAGGAAACCCUAAAUGAGUCCAGGAUUCUGUUCCCCCGUGACCAACCCAGUUGCUAUAAUGCUCACAUGCAGGGCACAAGCACUGUGGCCUCUGCCCACCUGCGCUCCCCGUUACUGAACGGAAUAUAUAGCCAUCAUGGUUUAAUUAUUGUUUCCUGCAAAACUGAUACCCUUUUUAGUUUCUCCCUGCAGUGCACAGUUGAGGCUAGCCUAUCCUUAAAGGUUUGAUUUGUGUGUAUUUUAGAUGCAUCAAUGGCUUUCACUUAGUCCAGAAGGUGGAGUAAGCAGAGGCAAGUUAGAAACAAGUAGUCAGCGGCUCUGUUGCAAACAGGCCCAAGCUUUCGGUUGCUGGAGCAAUGUGCCUGGGAAACUCGGUAACGGCUUUCCUGGACCAGUAUUUUACAGUGAUCCAUAAGAUUUGAAAGUACAGUAGUUUUCUGUUAGAUGUCUAGAUAUUCUGUUUUUGAAUAAUCUCAUCAGAUGAUGAUGUAUCCAUAGUAUCUUUCUGGGUGAGCUGCCUGAGUUGGAUAGUGUGAGUUUCAUUGCAUUGGUUUUACUUCGGCUUGGAUGACUGAUUUCAGAAGGUGGUUCUUACUCUGUCCCGUGGCAAUUGUGUUACGGAUUUCCUUGGCGCUCUGUUGCAUCCCCCGUGCUUGUCAAUAUCUUUGUGAGACUGCUGGGAGUGGUUUUCCAGGGAAGUGGGCUGAGAUGAUACCCAGCUUCACCUCUGCCUUUCAUCUGCUUCAGGUGAGGUUGCUGAUGUUCUGAACCAGUCCUUGGAAGUGUAAUGGACUGGGUAAGGGCCAGUAAACUGAAACGCAGUCUAGACAAAGCAGAGAAAUGUUGGGGUAAUUUAUCUGCCCAGCUAAGUGUUGUUCAGUCCAUUCUGGACGGAGCACUCUUCCUAAAAGAGAUGAUCUUGAGGGUGUUUUUGGACCCAUCAUUGGCAGUUAGCCUCACUGGCACAGAUUGCCUUGUAUCAGCUCAGCUAAUAUACAAACUCUGGCCCUAACUGGUCAGAUAAACUCUUGCAAUAGUUGUUGUUAUUUUUAAAUUAAAUUUCUAUACCUCCACUUAGUCACAGAAGGCUCUCAGGGGAGUUUACAAAGUAUAUUAAUGCAAUAUACAAGGUACAAUAAAAUAUAAAACAAGGCACAAGAGUUAUUCUUGCUCUGAUAACCUCCUGUUUGUGCUAUUGCAGUGCAUUAUACCAGGGGUUGCCUUUGAUAAUCAUCUAGAAACUUAAGUUAGUCGCCAGGUAGGACAGCUAGACCACUGCCUGGGAGCAGCCGACAUGAUCAGGCCAUUCCUCCACCUGCACUGGCUUCCAGUCCACAUUCAUACCCAAUUCAAGGUCUUUUAACCUUUAAAGCUCUAAAGUUGGGGCCAGGUUGUCUGAAGGGAUGCCUCCUUCCAUAUUUACCUACCUGGACACUUAAGAUCGUUGUCCCAGGCCCUCUGCGUGCCCCUGUCGAGUGAGGUGAUGAGGCUGGCCACAAGGAAGAGGCCCUUUUCACUGGUGGCUCUCUGGGAUGCCCCCUUGGGAAAGUCCGGCAGGUACCUGUUUUAGUCUCAGUGUUGCACUGUUUUGCUUUUUGUUUCACUGUGUGUACUACAUGUUUUUAACCCAGAGAACUCAGACUACUAGGCAGAUUAAAGUACCACAAAUAAAUAAUUUUAGCUUUAUGCUAAUGUGGGUAAAAUAAGUAAGCAUUAGAGGAAGCAUUUCAGCUAUUUAAAAUGGGAAAACCUCUUUGUAAAACCUGGAAAACCACUGGCUGUUUGGCAGCCAGAGGAAAGGAGGAGGGCCAGGUUUAGCCCUCAGGCCGAUAGUUCCCGCCCUCACACAGUCCUCAUAAAUAUGCACAGGGCUGCAGCUGAGUGCACUGUGAUUUCUUUUUCCCCAGCAGCUCUGUAAAUAAACUGCCCUUCAUGUUCAGAGAAAAUGUAACCAUUACAGAACUCAUAUGUAGUUGUUGAGUUGAAUCUCAAGGAUUUUAGAUAUGCUCAUAGCGUAUAAUAUAUUUGUAUAAGAUCCAUUAAUUUACAAGUGGGUUAACUAAAUGAACACAUUUGUUAAAAUGAGUAAGUUAUAUGAAACAGAAAUUAAUUUUUUUCCAGCCAAUUUCCUUACAGGCAGAAGAACCGCUUCAGAAAAUAGAUUAAAAAAUAAAUGUAAUCUAAUUUUUGUGUGUUUAACUUUCAGCUUUGUGGUGUUCUUGGAAAAUGUUGCGCCCCUUGUGAAUUCUCUGAACCUUGGCAUUGCCGGCCCGCUUCUGUUGGGCCCUCCUCCUUUGCAGCUCGCUCAGAUUCAGGCGCAGUUGGCUCUUCAUCAGCUGAACUCAGUUGCGUCAAAGCACGCGAUAGCAUCUUAUGCCUCGUUCAAUGAGGCACUCCUGAAAGUUGCCAUGUUUAGCCCUAGAGGAAACAUGCAUCCGAGGCCGAGGGGACCGAAUGCACCUGGUCCAGUCCCACGUGGGCCCUUUCAGGGGCCGGGACCUGGACCAGGCGGCCUUCAGAGGCAGCUCCCACCUAGCUCUACUCACAGAAUGACCCAGAGAUUCAUGGGAUCAGAAAUGAGGGCAGGAUUCCCCAGGCCGAAUGUUCAGGUCACUCAACACAGAAUGGACCCGCGACAAGCAGGAGAGAGAAUGAAUAUGGAGCGGCAGCCGAAGGACGAAGGAUGUGCUUCCCGCUGGGAUAACCCAUUUCCACAUGGAAAUGUUGGCCAGAGUCAGCCUGCUUCUGGAAGGAUUGCCGAACAUACCACAAAAAUUCAGAGCCGUUACACCAACGAGAGUGCCUCCAGUAUCUUAGCAAGCUUUGGCUUAUCUAACGAAGACUUAGAGGAACUGAGUCGCUAUCCGGACGAUCAACUGACCCCUGAAAACAUGCCUUUAAUUUUACGGGAUAUCCGGAUGCGGAAAAUGGCUCGGCAGCUGUCCAGCUUACCGUCUCAAAGUAGAGAAAAAGAAACCUUUCGCAGCGACGAUGGCCGUGGCUCCAUGGUUAAGGGCAAGGUCAUCGAUUAUGGGCAUGAAAGCAAGUACGGAUUUGGCGAAGGUCCCCUCGAAGUCAAGGUGUAUAAUUCUGAGGUCCCAAAUGAGGACAGCAUGAAAGGGUUUCCAGCACAGCAGGCCGCACCGGUGAGCGCCGCGCCCUCCGGCAUCACCACCAAGCAAAUGAAUGCGGUCGAGGAGCUGAUACGGCAGAUGGGAUUCCAGAGAAGCGCUCCAAACAGCCAGUCCUUCUUCUCAAUGGAGGCGUCCAGCAAGGUGCCGGGGCUGUGCCUCCCUUCAGCCGGAGCUGGGGUUCCUUCAGCAGCCCAGCCCAGGAUUCCUCCUGUGCUGCCGCCUGUUGCCCAGCAACCUUUGCCACUGCCGCCUGUGCCCCAGUCCAUCAUUCCAUCCGUGAACCAGCCACCACCCCCCUUUGUACCCGAAAUACUAGCGGGGGUGAACAGGCGUGACAGGAUUCACCAUGAAUCCAGAGCCAAUCCUCCCAGUGCUCCGCCUGGGCCCCCCAGUGGCCAGAAGAAGUUCCACAAGGAUGCCGAGAAUCCCAUUGAGUCUCCCUUUGGUGUGGUAAAGGCCUCUUGGCUUCCAGUUUUCUCACAGGCGGAUGCCCAGACGUUGAAGAGGCUGCCAACGCCAUCAAUGAUGAACGAUUACUACGCCGCAUCGCCAAGAAUAUUUCCGCAUAUGUGUUCUCUGUGUAAUGUAGAAUGUAGACACUUAAAGGAUUGGAUCCAGCAUCAGAACACGACUGCCCAUCUAGAGAGCUGUCGCCAGCUAUGCCAACAGUAUCCUGACUGGAAUCCAGAGUCCCACUCUUCAUCAAAAAGGCGUGAAGGUGACAGGAAGGAAAAUCAUAUCCCAAGGCGACGGUCUGACAGUUUCAGCCCCAGACGUUCCAGACGCUCAAGCUCUGGCCAUGCCAGGCGCAGAACUCGGUCGCGGUCUAGGAGCCCUAGAUAUCAUAGAACGAGUCGGCCCAGAAGCCGGAGUCGGCCCAGAAGCCGAAGUCGGCCCAGAAGCCGAAGUCCCAGACGGCUGCCCAGUCUCAGGCACAGGUCCAGGUCUCCACGGCGGCCAAGCUUCAGCUCACGCUUUCAAAGGUCUGCCAGCAGAGAGAGGGGGCCAGGGAGAUCAACUAGGUCUCCAGGAAACCAGGGUGGCUUCUCUUCUACGUCGGUUAUCCCUGCAACAACAACCCUGGGAGAUAAGGACUUGGAAGCUGUGGUGAAAUGUCUGGGGCCAAGUUUUGUUGAAGAGUUCAAUAAGCAGAAAUCUUUCCAAGCGCUCGGCAGAGAGCCCUCGGGGGCAAGGAGAAGCCAGCCUGAUCCAGGGAAGCCGCUUGGAAGUUUGAAGAAAUCCCCGAGCAAUCCUUCUGCUCCUCCAAAGUCUUUUAAGCCGCUGUAUCAUGGCUCUUCUGAAGUUACACCCAAAGCUCCUGAGGCUGCUGGUGGGUCAAACAAAGGAGGCGUCGCAUCUGAAGGGAAAAAUAAGAAAACGCCCGUGGGAGCGCCAGAAAAGGAAACCUCCGCUUCCCAGCCUUGGCUUUUGUCAGCCAGAGCCUGGAGCUGUGGCACCAUCCUUCGAAUAUCCGAUUUACCAGAUGAUGGCUUCUCAGAUCAUGAUAUUAAAAAAAUUGUUCAGCCCUUUGGAAAAGUUAGUGACAUUUUAGUGCUUCGUUCCAAAAAUGAGGCCUUCCUCGAAAUGAAUUAUAAGGAGGCAGUUAUUGCAGCCGUCAAAUAUGGUGAAACUGUUCCAGUUUUGAUUAAUGGCAAGCAUGUCAAAAUAAGUGUAGCAGAGAAAUCCAAAACGCCUCCCAGCCAGAACAAAGCAGAUGCGAAGAAGGUUGUACAGAAAGUCAAGAAGCUGCCUCUGAGUACAAAGAAAGAGCAAACGAAAUCUUCUCCAGGCCUGGACAAAUCGGCUGCACCAGUCGCCUCUGCCUCAAAACCUAAUGUCAAAGAUCCUGGAAAAGCUCAGACUGUUGGAAAAGCAAAAGUAACUGUAAAACAGAAAAAGGUUUUAGAAAAAAAGGUUGCUGAGGUCAAGAAGCUUGGAGCAGCAAAGGCAGCCGUCAAAGCAAAGAGGCUCGCAGAUCCCAGGAAGACCGAAGACACCAAGAAGGCUCUAAAGAGCAAGAAAACCACGGAACCCAAGAAAGCCGUACAGCUGAAAGCAAAGCAGACGAACCAACCCGCAGCUGCGCCAGGUACAGCGGAGGCUGCAAAGGGCACCCAAGCAAGUGGAUUAGUCACCAAGGAUGCAGAAGAGAUGUGUGUAGUGCUUAUUUCCAACUUGCCUGAGGCAGGGCUAACUCUGGAUGAGAUUUCAAACUUAACCAAGCCCUUUGGGAAAGUGAAAGAUGUCUUAAUUGUGUCUUCACAUAAGAAGGCAUAUAUAGAGAUAAGUCGCAAAUCAGCAGAGUCCAUGGUGAAAUUUUAUUCCUGCUUUCCAAUGUGGGUGGAAAAUAACCAGCUGUGCAUUACGUCAGUACCCGAGUUCAAGGAUCUCACGAAUGAGGAGGCUAUAUUUAUUACCAUGAUUAAAGAAGUCAAUCCAAAGGUGAAUACAGAAGCUGUUCAUACCCAGUUUGUGCAUCUGGGCAACUUGCCAGAUGGUGGUUAUUCAGAACUUGAAAUACUCUGUGUUGGACUUCGAUUUGGACGAGUGGAUCACUACAUGGUGAUAACAAACAAGAACAAGGCAAUCCUUCAGCUGGAGAGCGCCGAGUCGGCCGCAUCCAUGUGUCGCUUCCUGAAGAGGUACCCUUACAGUCUGGGGGAGUCACAGUUAACGUUCUCGCGCUCACCCAAGAUCGAGCCUUUGACAGCUGAGGUCACAAGAAAAGAGGUCAGAAAGCAAGAGCCUGUCAAAGAGAGCCCUGACUUGAAAACAAUUCCUGAAGGAUCAGGCGUGGUGCAGCCAUCUGCCGCUCCCCCAGCAAAGCCCCCUGAGGCCAAGGAAGAGCCCCAUUCUAACUUGAAGGCUAAGGUUCCAGAAGGGGAGACAGAGCGCUUGGAGGCAGAGGCUCUGGUAUGUGGUGCUCCGUCAAAACCAUUGCACGCAGGAGCGUCCGAAGAGGACCCUGGUACCGGAACAGCAGCGACAGCCAGUGUCCCCGCUGAUUUGGACUUACCGGAAGUACAGCUGGAAGAAGUUCCUGCUUUGCCAUCUGAACACGAGAAUGAAGGGAAAGGCACAGAGAACCCUAACGCUGAAUUGCAAGGAAGUGCGUCCACCUGCACAGGGGGGAGCACAAGUGAGGAACUGGCUGCUCCUGCUGCCGAACCCUCGGAGGCAUUGCACGGCGUGGCCACAAAGGGUGGCACUGGCACAGACUCUGCCGAGGCAGUGAAGCGGGAGGACUCGGCUGCCGUUGUCCCCGAGCGGGUCACGCUGGACUCCGCGGAAGGUCCCGCAGAGGCCCCGCCAGGAAAUGAGCUCCUAGCAAGUAGCAGCACCAUAGCUCCAGAAGCAGGCAGUGCCGAAGCCGUAGCAGAAGAGGCAGAAAAGCCCGACACUAGAGGUGGGACGGCAGCAGAUGAGGAGUCUGAGAGCCCCGUGCUCCCCGCUGAACCCUGCAUGGAGGCAGAGUUGGAGGCGACAGUGGUGGAGGCCGAGGAGACCCUAACGGGGAAGCCCGUGCUGCAAAUGGCCCCGGCUCAGGCACCUGUGGAGAAGCACCCCGAGGAGCGGGGGCCGACUGACGCAGCAGGCAGGGAGGAGAGACCUGAAAAAAACACCAAGGAAGAGGAUCCUGGACAAAAUCCUGCCAAGGCACAGCCAAGCAAAGGACCACAGCAAGCAGAAACCGAUGAAUCCCAUAAAACUAGCAUGCUCGCAGCAGAACCAGCAACCAGUGCGGAGGGUACGUCUGCUAGCAAAAUGAUCCUGAAGGCUUUGAUGUCUGUUCCAGGCAUAUCAAGGACAAGAGCUGCAGUGCAGAGAAAAGAGCAGCAGAAGACGACCGUGAAGCCUGUCACCAAGAACCGAGGUGGCACCGAGAAGAAACCUGUGUCGAAGGAGGCGAGUCAGCAAAGGCCUACCAGCAAGACGCAUUUGCCGGAUAACGGCAGACCGAAGCCGAGCAUAAGAUCUCUCGUCUUUGUGGUAGGCAGUGGAAAGAGCUCCUCGCAGCAAGACAAGGACUCCCAAGUGGAAACUAAGGGUAGCCCAAAGCAGACCCGGGAGCGAGAGAAUAGAUCGCCCAGCGUGAAGAGAGACAACAGCACUAACAAGGUAUCCACUGGGAGAAAUCCAAGAGCCUCAAAACCCAACCCGAAGCCAAAGGAGGAAGAGGAGCUUUCUCCAUUCAACUUGGAUGAGUUUGUCACAAUGGAUGAAGUUACUGAUGAAGCGGACUCUCCCUCACAGCCCCGGAGAAACCCUGUGAAAGGCAAAAGGAAGGACCUCUCCAAGAAGCCCUCUCCGUAUGAACCCAGCUCGAAGAAGAGGAAGGGCAAGACCUCCGCUGCGCGUGCUGCUGAGAGCGAGCUCUCCUUCGUCACGCUGGAUGAGAUCGGAGAAGACGAGGGUGGGAUGGCCCCGGCAGAACUGACAGACUUCGAAGUCGCACCAGAUCCUCAGGCCUUGGUCACGGUGGAUGAGGUGAACGAGGAGGAGGAACUGAUUGAUGACGUUAUCCAAGAUCCCCAGGCCCUGGUUACUUUGGAUGAGAUCUCUGAGCCAGAAGACGCGGCUGCCAAAGAUGCCUUCCUGCCUGGGGACCUUGAGCCUGAUCUCAAAGCUGAGCCACUGCUGACGGUGGACGAGAUCGGGGAAGUGGAAGAGCUGCCUCUGAACGAGCCUUCGCACUUCAAGGACGAGGAAGCCCUCAAGCCCAGGGAGGACGAUCAGAAACCCGUUGAAGAUUCUGCGGAUUUCCUUUCUUCCCAGAUGCCCGACGAUCCUAGCGUGUUAGUGACAGUGGAUGAAAUCCACGAGGAUAGCGAUGACCAGCCACUGGUGACCUUGGAUGAAGUGACAGAAGAUGAUGAAGAUUUCCUGGAAGAGUUUAAUCGCUUCAAAGAAGAUCUUAACUUUGUUACGGUAGAUGAGGUUGGCAGCGAGGAGGAGGAGGAGGAGGUGGAAGAGGAGGAGGAGGUAGAAAAGGAGGAGGAGGAAGAGGAGGAGGAGGAGGAAGGUGGCGUUUGCAGUAGCAGAAGCGUGGAAGAAUUUGAUGCCAGAAUAAUGCCAGAAGAAGACACAGUGAUGCCAAUGGCCGAGCCAGAUGAUGAUGAUGCAUCUUCUGCUGGUCCGGAAGAAGAAGGGAUUCCAGAUGGUGCGCGACUGGAAGCCAGAAUGAGUGGCUGGGAUGAAUCACUGGAAGGGGAUGAAAUGCUUAAGGCUGAGGCAGAGGAUUCUGAGGAGAGCUCUGUUGUCGACACUGAAGAAGAAAACGGGCAGGGAGCUAAAGGGGAAGAGGGAGACGAUUUGGAGGAGAAAAUAACUGAAGGGGGAGAAGAAUUCGAGGACAGUAAGGCAACAGAAGGAGCGGAAGAUGUGAAUAUAGGCAAGACAUCUGAAGCAGAAACAGGUUCUGAGCACCCACGGGCAGAAUCAGCGGUCCCCAAAGAGGGCGAUGUGGCUGAAGCGGCUGCAAUCGGAGUUGAAGGAACCGUGACAUCCGCUUCCGCAGAGGCACCGUCCGGUGGUGAAGCGCAGGUACUUUGCCCAGACAUGGGCAUUUCCACGGGGGACAGCCAGGCUGCAGUCGCUGAAGAGCUGGACACAGGAUCUGACCUGCCCCCUCGGAAUCCUGACCCACGUCCUGACGCAGAAGCGGAGAGCUGCAGUGGGGCUUCUCGUUUGCAGUCUCCCGAAAAGCCUGAGCGAGAUGUGGCCAGCUCAGAACAUGAAGAGCCAGAGUCAAAACAGACAAGAGUGGAGUCUUCUGAGAAAUCACUGUCCCCAAGCCACCUGAAAGAUUCAGACUUCCUUGUCCCUACGGUUGGCUUUUUCUGCCAGAUCUGCUCCUGCUUCUGCGUGGAUGAAGCCUCCAUGAAGACCCACUGCCAGUCGCAGCUCCACCAGCAAAAUAGGGAGAAAUUCAUGAAGAGUGCAGCGGAGGAAAAGAAAAAGGGGAAUUCUGAAGGACUGAGUUCCACGUGAUGGGGAGAUGGCCGAGCGCCUCUGCCCGUUCCAUUCAGGGUCCAGCCAGUUCCAUGUAUUGAGUUCGUGCUUUCAUUUUGUUCCUUUGCAAGCGUUCACGUUGUACACAUGUUCAUUAUAGAUGACGACCGAUUAUAAAUUGUGUGAUGGUUUUGACUGCUCUUCACGAUUAACUUUGAAGCGUUUAAAUAAAUGUUCUUACUGUACAGUCA